AUGGAUCCGGCCUCGCUUAUUCUAGCCGUCAUCGGCACUUUGGACCUAUGCGUCAAUUGCCGAUCUAUCCGCUCAUUAUCUGAUACAGUCAAGCAACUGGAGAUGAAGAUCUCGGCGGCUGUCGUGGGGCUCGGCAUCAUUGACAGGCGUAGCCUAGGCCUCUCAGGAUCUAAGCUCCCAAUCGAUAUUAAGGGUGUUUAUCUAAAAUGA